CCCGGCCGAAACGAGAAAAAUCCCUUGGAACACCAAUCGUAUUUUUGAACAGAUGCGGUUUUACGCAGCAGCAAAACCGCGGUACAUACGCGCAUUAUUAUCUCCCAGAGGAAAAUCGAACGCGGUACAUAAAUAAACAUUCGAUUUGUUUUUUCUGAUCACUAUAAUAUUAAUCUGUACCUAUUUAUUACUUUCCAUAUAUCAUUAUUAUAGUUUUACUCUCGUCGUCGUCGUGGGUGGACGACGAACGGUGUUAUAUUAUUAUUAUUGUCGGAGUGUAAAAUAUAUUAAUAAUAAUAUUAUAAUAGUUGUACGUCGAAAAAAACGUUCUAUGAUCAUUUUUGUAUUAAAAAAACAACAAUCCGGUUCCGUUUUCGAAUUUAUAAUAAAAAAGAAAAAUACCAUUGGCGCCGCGGCCGUUGCAUUUUAGCUCGGUGUAAAUUAUUGUUAUUUGGAUGUUUUUAUUUCUCGCUCCGGCGGGUGGGGAAAACAGGUUGUUGUGGUACGCAGUAGUAAAGAGGAGUGGCAGCCGAUGCAUGCGAGCAGUUAGAGUUGUGACACGAAAUCACUAAACAGUGUUCACUACUUUUAUAAACACUUACACUUUACAGUCGCACACGUGCGUACUCUCGGACUGCCAUCGUCUCGUUAACAUGUGCCUGUGUAGUGUCCGACGUCGGUCGUACGAGUGAAAUCCAACGUCUAAUGCUGCAGUAAUAUUGUUAUACGAGAACAGUUUUAAAAUGUCUGUCAAAAAAGUGCUCCGCAUUUUUAAUCCUCAUGCAGUCCACAUGGUCAUUCUACUAAUGUUAUGUUACUUCUUAGUGCAACUAGUUUUCAGUCAUAUAUCGCAUUCACUCACCUUGCUCGUCGACUCGUACCACGUGCUUUGCAAACUAAUAUACUUUUUUGGAUCUGUACUAUGUAUUAAGCAUAACGAUUAUGAAGAGGUGUGUUCAAACGAAGGUUGCGUGGAAAAGAUCCUCAAAGCGGAGGACGAUUCUCCUGAGUCCAACUUGACAGUAUCCAAGUCCGGUCAAAUAUCGUCUUCCAGUUGCGUGCAUCGUCAUCCCGAGAAGAAGUUAAAGAACACAUUCGGAUGGGCAAGGAUCGAAGUGGUUUUAAUGCUCGGUGGUUGCGUGUUUUUGGCGUCCCUUAGUUUCUCACUGGUGGUCGAAGCUAUUCAAACUCUCAUACACAUCGACCAUCAAGAUCCAAUGCAUCAACCGAUAUCAGUGUUCAUUAUCGGUCUUGUUGGUAUACUUAUCCACGGACUGUGUUGUUUAUUACUAGGAGGUCCAGUAUCACAAAACACAAGAGUUCCUGACGAAGAGAGCGCUAAUGCUCUUUUAAAUCCUGGUCUAUUGCUGAAAAAAAAAAUACAAAUUAAAAACUGCAGUCCAAGAGAAAUAUGUCGAGAUUUAGUUGGUUGUACAAUGGUGAUGAUAUGUUCGAUCAUCGUAAUAUUCACAGACCCUAGCAUAGCAAAGUUUGUUGAUCCUGGAAUUUCAAUCAUAUCGGCUGCAAUAUUGCUCUACCUCAAGUAUCCGAAUAUGAAAGAAUCAUGCCUGAUUCUUCUUCAAACCAUGCCCGACCAUAUGAAUAUUGAUGUAAUUUGCAAAAACUUGAUGAAAACAUUUCCAGACAUAGUAAACGUACAUGAACUCCAUAUAUGGCAACUGACUGAAGAUAAAAUAAUAUCUACUGCACAUAUUAUGUUUCUUAACCCUCAAGAUUAUUUGAGAAUAAAUAAAGCGGUUGUUAAUUUUUUCCAUGAUAAUGGCAUUUUAGAAGUAACUAUUCAACCAGAGUUUUUCAAAGACGACCAGAAUAUACAAAUGGUACCAGAGUAUGGUAUGGGACAGUGUUUGGUUCAGUGCAAUAACGUCGAGUGCUUCGAUAGAAAUUGCUGUGAACCAGAUGAUAUUGAAUCAAUUCAACAUUGUUAAGAUUUAGAAACAACUUCAUAGAGUUGAAACAAUUGUCUUGCUCAUCAACAUUAAUCAUUAUUUGAUUAACCUUUACAAAUAUUCAAAAAGUAAAUAUUUCAAAUUUGAUUACCUUAUAGGUACUUAUACCAUGUGCAAAUGGGUUAUGUUGACCUUAUUAUUAUAAUUUUUUUUCAAAUGGAAAAUGCGUUCCUAUGUGUACUCAUAAUUGUGUGACUGUGAAUGUAUUUAUACUGAAUCGUUAUUAAUUAUUGUUUAACGAAUACGAAAACGUAUUUGUUUUUAUUAUAAUUUUAUUUUAUAAUAUAAAAUGUUAUUGAAAAUGACAAAUACAAAUUAUAUGUUUUACU